AAUCACGGUUAUAUCCAAUGGCUGUAAGUCGAGCGACAUAUAUCCACUGGUGGCGUCCGGUGAUUAUCUCAUGAACCAUGGUGUGCGCAGCUUCCCCAUCAGGGAGAACGGAAUGAAUUUCGAGGCACAAGCUCUCCAGCCACACGAGGCUGCGGCAAUGAAAGGAGAUUCUGAUGUCAUUGAGCGCAUCAAGGGGUCUUAUGGGUUGAUGUUGGAUUUCUACGGCAUGUGCCUGCUGAACUUCGAGACUGGUCUCAUUGGACGCUCAGAGGGCUACAGAGCUCGAUACCGAAACCUCUUGCAAGCUCCUCACAACAACCUUCGCGUCACACGGAUUCUCAAGUGUCUGUCGGAAAUGGGCCUGGAGCAUCUGAAUGCCGGGUUCCUACUCCAUGUCCUCAAUGAACAGAGCGAACAUAAACAACUAAAUACUAGCCUGCUACGGGAUAGCAUGGAUAGAUGGUGGGCUAACUGCUUGAGGAAUGAAGCGGAUCGGGAAUGGAUCGGGCUUACGAUUAAGAAGGCGAGAAACGGCGAGAUUUUCAGCAGAGAGAAGUACGAAGCUAGUCUGCGGAGGCGAAAGGAAUCAGAGUCCUUUGCUGAACCGCAACUUGAAUGUACCGAUGCGUAGCAGGUGCUUCACUACCGGUUUGCACUGGGCAGAAUGACCCGACUCUUUUCAGAACUGAAGUAUGUUCAAGAAAUUUAUUCUAGCUUGCACCAGAUCUUCUACAAGACUCAUUUUCCCGACUUCUGCAGGACCAAGCCUGUCAGUUGUCAGUGAGCCUCUAGCAACGCGCUAUGACGACGGACAAAAAUAUGUGUCACACUAUACAUUAGUACAAAAAUACUACAAAUACGCUGCGGCAAAGAGGUUAGCAGGAUGCGAUGAUCCGGGGAACAAAGGACUGACAUUAGAGCCAUUGUAUAUCGCGAUUGCAUUUCACGAUAGGCUUCGCAGGCGCGAAAAUAAAGCCUCUCUCCUCCUUCCUUCGUAUGCUGCACUGACGGCCUGCAAGAGACCCUCAAUAGAUUCGAAGAUCUGAUCGCCAUCAAGCUGA